CACUCCCACUACGGGUCGCGGCUGGGGGCGGCCUGGCAGCGGGGACGCGGCUUCCCCCUCCCCUUCCUCCAGCGCUUCGACCCAAGAUGGCGGCGCUGAGCAGCGGCAGUAGCUCCGAGGGGGCCUCGCUCUUCAACGGGGACAUGGAGCCUGAGCCGCCGCCCGGAGCUGGGGCCUCGUUCCCGGGGGGCGGCGGCGGCGGCGAGCCGGCCAUCCCAGAGGAGGUAUGGAAUAUCAAACAGAUGAUUAAAUUAACACAAGAACACAUAGAGGCGCUGCUGGACAAGUUUGGAGGAGAGCAUAACCCACCAUCAAUAUACUUGGAGGCCUAUGAAGAGUACACCAGCAAGCUAGAUGCUCUACAACAAAGAGAACAGCAGUUAUUGGAAUCCAUGGGGAAUGGAACUGAUUUCUCUGUCUCCAGCUCAGCUUCAACAGACACAGUUACAUCAUCUUCCUCCUCUAGCCUCUCUGUAGCACCUUCAUCCCUUUCAGUUUAUCAGAACCCCACAGAUAUGUCACGGAAUAACCCCAAGUCUCCACAAAAACCUAUUGUUAGAGUCUUCCUACCCAACAAACAGAGGACAGUGGUUCCAGCAAGAUGUGGGGUGACAGUCCGGGACAGUCUAAAGAAAGCUCUGAUGAUGAGAGGUCUUAUCCCAGAAUGCUGUGCUGUUUACAGAAUACAAGAUGGAGAGAAGAAGCCCAUUGGCUGGGACACUGACAUUUCCUGGCUCACAGGAGAGGAGUUGCACGUGGAAGUCUUGGAGAAUGUGCCGCUUACCACACACAAUUUUGUACGAAAGACAUUCUUCACUUUAGCAUUCUGUGACUUUUGUCGAAAGCUGCUUUUCCAGGGAUUCCGAUGCCAGACUUGUGGUUAUAAAUUUCACCAGCGCUGUAGUACAGAGGUGCCACUGAUGUGUGUUAAUUAUGACCAGCUUGAUUUGCUGUUUGUCUCCAAGUUCUUUGAACACCACCCAAUAUCGCAGGAGGAGGCCUCCUUAGGAGAGACCACCCAAGCAUCUGGAUCGUACUCCUCAGUGCCCCCAUCAGAUUCUAUUGGACCACCAAUUCUCCCUAGUCCUUCUCCUUCAAAAUCCAUUCCAAUCCCACAGCCCUUCCGACCAGCAGAUGAAGACCAUCGGAAUCAAUUUGGGCAACGAGACCGCUCGUCUUCAGCACCCAAUGUGCACAUCAAUACAAUAGAGCCUGUCAAUAUUGAUGACUUGAUUAGAGACCAGGGGUUACGAGGAGAGGGAGCCCCUUUGAACCAGCUGAUGCGCUGUCUUCGGAAAUACCAAUCCCGGACUCCCAGUCCCCUCCUACAUUCUGUCCCCAGUGAAAUAGUGUUUGAUUUUGAGCCUGGCCCAGUGUUCAGAGGUUCAACCACCGGUUUGUCUGCCACCCCACCUGCCUCCUUGCCUGGGUCCCUUACCAGUGUGAAAGCUUUACAGAAGUCCCCCGGACCACAACGAGAGAGGAAGUCAUCCUCAUCCUCAGAAGACAGGAAUAGAAUGAAAACCCUUGGUCGACGGGACUCAAGUGAUGAUUGGGAGAUACCAGAUGGGCAGAUUACAGUCGGACAAAGGAUAGGAUCUGGAUCAUUUGGAACAGUCUACAAGGGAAAGUGGCAUGGUGACGUGGCAGUGAAAAUGUUGAAUGUUACAGCACCGACGCCUCAGCAAUUACAGGCCUUCAAGAAUGAAGUAGGAGUGCUCAGGAAAACCCGACAUGUGAAUAUCCUACUUUUCAUGGGUUAUUCAACAAAGCCACAGUUGGCUAUUGUGACUCAGUGGUGCGAGGGUUCCAGUUUGUAUCACCAUUUGCAUAUCAUUGAGACCAAAUUUGAGAUGAUCAAACUCAUUGAUAUUGCACGACAGACUGCACAAGGCAUGGAUUACUUGCACGCCAAGUCAAUCAUCCACAGAGACCUCAAGAGUAAUAAUAUAUUCCUUCAUGAAGACCUUACUGUAAAAAUAGGUGAUUUUGGUCUAGCCACAGUGAAAUCACGAUGGAGUGGGUCCCAUCAGUUUGAACAAUUGUCUGGGUCCAUUCUAUGGAUGGCACCAGAAGUAAUCAGGAUGCAAGAUAAAAACCCUUAUAGCUUUCAAUCAGAUGUAUAUGCAUUUGGGAUUGUUCUUUAUGAGCUGAUGACUGGGCAGUUACCAUACUCAAACAUCAACAACAGGGACCAGAUCAUUUUUAUGGUGGGACGAGGAUACCUGUCUCCAGAUCUCAGUAAAGUGCGAAGUAACUGUCCAAAAGCCAUGAAGAGGCUAAUGGCAGAGUGCUUGAAGAAGAAAAGAGAUGAGCGACCCCUCUUUCCACAGAUUCUUGCCUCCAUUGAGCUUCUGGCUCGGUCAUUGCCAAAAAUUCACCGCAGUGCAUCUGAGCCCUCAUUAAACCGGGCUGGCUUCCAGACGGAGGAUUUUAGUCUGUAUACUUGUGCUUCUCCAAAAACACCCAUCCAGGCAGGGGGAUACGGAGAAUUUGCAGCGUUCAAGUAGCCACAGCGCCAUGGCAGCACCUACUCUAUUAUUUAAGUCUUGUGUUCCUACAGUUUCUUAACAUCAAAACUCUGUUCUGCUCCUCAAAACCUAAAGCAAUUUAGGAAAAGAUAUCUGUAAGCUUAGAGCGGAGCAGAAUGGAACUGCUGGUCCAACACAAGGGUGGGGGGGAAUAAUCUUUUUAGGAACCAGAAUUCUCUGCUGCCAGUGUUUCUCCUUCAACACAAAACACCACGUGUAUUCAGAGACCCGCAGUGGCUGCCUGUACCGUUGUCAUCAUUCCCAGGAGAGAGGAGAGGGCACGCGUGUUUUGACUUUGGUGCUCAGGCAUAAGGGGAUGGAACUGCUGCAGCAACUUAGGAGACUUGCUUUGGAUGUCUGCCAGUUGGCUUUCUCCCUCUAACAACGAAUCAUCAGAGGCUGAACAUCUGAUGAGAGUGCUAAUCAAAAGAAUCAUCUUCUGUUCUGAUUUAUUUUUUUCCUGGCAUGCUUACUGAUUUAUGGGUCAAAAUGCAGUAUCCCCUUUUCAUUUAAAUGCAAAUAUCAAACAUUUCAAUCGAUCUAUGUCAUUGACUUUUAUCCCAGUCAUAUUUGAUACUUUGAGGGGUGGUAGAUGGCUUCGGGAGAAGUUAAUCUGGCGGAAAAGGGGAUGCUGCACCAUUUUUCAAAUUUACUUUUCACUUAUCCAAAAACUACCCUUUUCUUGUUUCUAAUACUUUCUGGUGUGCUCAGACAGGGCAUCUUUCAGAAGGGUUGGGAAGCUCCUCUCGUUGGUCCAGCAACAAACUAAAGUUAACAAAAAAAAAAAUGUAGCAAGUUCUCAAAAUAUUUUUUUGUAUCAUCUAAUUCAAUGUAUUUUUGAGAAAUGCGAUAAUGGCAUCUGAAGUCUGUAAAACUGCUAAUACAGACUCUGGAAUGGUGUAUGUACCUAUUUUAAAAGUUUUAUUUUAAAUGAGGGUGCAGGUUAAUGCCAGGUACCUUACCAAUGUAUAAGGUUUUCAUAAACAGGAAAAAAUAGUUCUCAGGUUGAAUUGGAAAAAAAAAAAACAAAAGUGCCCUCCUCCCCUGAACUAGACAUUCUGCAAAUUGUGUUUUGGUACUUAGAGAGCUUUUUUAAAAGGAUUUUUAUCCUGUUAACUCAGUGUUCUCUGAUAAGUGGGUGUGUAAAUGUGGAGCAUCUUGUCCCAAUGGCAAGGUGUUAGAUUUAGAAAACAAUCAAUUACUACAAAAAACGGUACUUGCUGGAUCCAUGCUGACCUUUUCUCCUCUCAUUGGUUCCCUCUGUUUGAUUCUCUUGUUCCCAUCCCUCCAUUUUCCCCUUUUCCACAGUUUGCAAACUAGGAUAAAGGUGGCAGUAUCCACAUUAAGUUUCCCUUGUUUCCCUGCCCUCCAAGCCCAGUUCUCAAAUGGUUGGUAGCUUUGUGACAAGCUACCAAAUCAGAAGACAAAUUCAUGAAGUUCAGCACAGUGUUUACCUCUAGUAGAAUAUCUUGUGAUGUGAUUUGUUUGCAGAAUUCUCCGAUAUGUGGUAUUAAACGUAAAAUAUUUGUACAGAGGCAAGUCAGACCAUAGUAGAAAGAAAUUCAAGCUCACACGGAAGUCUUCAGAGUUCGAUUAAUAUCUGCCCUAUCCCACUCUACAUGAGGCAGGAGAAUUUACGCCACUAAUUGGCAGCACUAUUUUUAGGUGAAUAAAAUCAUGUGACGCAUGUAAAGGAAUUAAAUGUGUACAUACGCACAUGGCGUUGGCUGAACACAUUGUUUCUGCCUCACUAGGUGAGCGGGGACCUUUACUGUGUACAGAAGGGUGCCCCUGGAGAUCUAGGUAGCCUGUUAUGUUUGUCAAUUAUUAUUUACUGUGGUUAAGGGGUCCUGAUUAAUUUGAAGUGAAAUAUAAUUGAAAUACUGUGUAUUCAUGUUAAUUCCACAAACAUUAGCCAGACAGCAAUAGAGAGUGACGUGAAGUUACUACAAGGAUGAAGCAAUUCAUGUUGCUACAUGAAUAGAAUUGAUUUUAUGUACAGGAUGCAUUUUAACGAACAAGCACAACUUUUUUCUUCUCCGCUGUGGGUCUUCAGCUGCUAUUAGGUUUUUUCCUUCCUGAAAUGGGCAGGAAUUAAAAUAAUCAGUAGCAGUGUCUACUGUACUUUCCAGUGUGGAGAAGCAAGCAAAGGGAGCAGUAGUGCCCAGUCAGGUGAAGUCGCCAUGCACCAUGUUAGUGUAAUGGCUGUAUACAAUGCUGUCUGAGGCAGGUGACAGACCCAGGUGGAGAAAGCUAGGAACCAAGUUGUCAGCAACAGUUGAGAAUUUUUACAAAUAUUAACUCCAAGAGAGUGAAGUCAUUACUGUAUCAAUGUUUUCCCCUCAACCUUUUUCUUUAUUAUUAUUUUUUUGGCCUGUGAUGUAGCUUGUAAAUGUAGGGCACACUGAAAAUUACAUAUGCUCCUAAAGAAAGGUAUAGCCUAAGUAUGUAUUGCUAGGUUAAGAAUGAUCAUUUCAACGUACUGGAUGAAAAUCCUAGUUUCCUUCUAUAUUUUCUUGCUGGCAGAGAAGUAUUUGUUAAAAUAAAACAGUAAGGAAUGAUUUUUAUCCUUAUUUUAAAUGAAUUUAUUUUGUAAUCCUUCAUUACCUGUUAGUCUACAAUAUGCUUCUUGAGCCCACAGGAAAAGCACAAGGAAAAUUGCUAUCCUUGUCCAUGCAAAGCACUUUAUAAGUAACACAUGGUCUUUGAUUUCCCCCGCCCCCUGAAAAACAUGUAUGUUGUUUGACUGUUGUUUAGUUAAGUCUUUCAGGUUUCAUUUCUAUUAUCUUCAAAGUUUUUUUCUCUUAAAGUACCUGUAAUGCUUUAUGUUUGUGUCUAGCUUCCUAUCUGUAUAAAGACCACCUUAAUCCUCAUGCAAAACUUUGGGAAAAUUUGGUUUGUAAAUAAUUGUUUUUCUUCAUUUCUUUUCCUUCAGAAAUUACUAAGGACAUUUUGCAUGAAAAUAGGAUCAGUUUUAAAGGUGCCUUGCAGGUGUUUGGUAAACAGUGAGACAGUAGCAGGGACAUGUAUUGAAAGCCUCAGAUAGCAAGGGGGUGAAGAAAACAAUGAACUCUUUUAAAAAAAAUAAAAUAAAAUAAAAUUCAGGCUCUCUGUUCACACCAUACAGCUUCAGCUCAUCUGAUUUCCCCAGCUCAGUGCACUAGGGCAUAAACCCACAUGCUGGGUUUGGUAAUUUUAUUAAAUAUUUUUAUACCUGUUGGGAUAUAAAAUUAUCUAGGCACUUAUACUGCUUUAAGAUCCAACAUAUCUGAGCAGCUAAUAAACCUUUUCAAAACCACCACUUGAGCACCCAUAGCCCAACUCCAUGGAGUACAUUAGCUGUGAAACACCCCUUCUUCCCCCAUAUACAGAAAUUAGAAAAUACCCGUCCUAUCAUCUAGUCCCAUCUCCCUGUCAAUGCAGGAUUCUUCCCACAGCAUAUUGUCUGGGGCAUCAUGGUGGCAUUGAAGUCAAACAGAGUGAAUGUAGGAGCCUGAUUAUUUUUAAGGUAAUAGCAUCAGUUAAAUGCUGAAUGUCUCUAUAUUCGACAUAGUCCCGCCAUUCUCACUUUUCACAAAACAUUUGCAGGUCACUGAGUUAAUCUGUUCCUGCUUGCUUUAUUCCUUACCUGAAAUCAUCCUUUCUCACAAUUGAGUUCUUUGGCAAUUACUGAUAAUACAUAUUAUUUUGGGUCAAAUUCUGCCAUCAUAUUUUUGUGGCUUCUACUUAAGUCAGUAUAUGUGCUCUUUAGAGGACAUUUGGCCUACUAUGACAUGAAAUGAAUAAACAGAAGUGUGAACUGUUAACAAAGAUCACAUCUUUAUGCAAAUGUCCAGCAGUAAAAACAUACUGAAGAAUUGCCUCUAUAGUUAUAUUGUGCUGUCUAUUUACACGGUGCUUUACUGAACACUUUGAAGACAAGGUCCAUUCCCCAAAGACACGAUGAUCUAAUAUCAGUUGAGGCAUCGAUAGUUCUUGAAGGUAUCUGUGUAGUGGAGGGCCGAAUUAAGAGCUGAAGUGUGCAAACAUUUCACACCUUUCCAGCCUGCAGGUUUUUAUGGAAUAUAUUCCCUUCUUGACUGUGAGUGCAGCAUGUGUAGCACAAACUAUUCAGAGUACUGUAGACAAGUAUCUUUCCGUCCAUUGAAACAAUGUCACCAGGACAUAAUAUGAUAGUCUAACCUUUUAGGUACAUUCGAGAUUCAGGUGAAAACCAGUUGCAGGACUGUCAUGGCAUCACUUCGAAAAUACUGGAUGUUUUGUCUCUCAAUGGUUUGGCUUUUUUUUUCUUUAUAGAUACUAGUUUAUCUCACACACGCACACAUUUUCUUUAUAGAUGCAAGUUUAUCUCUCGCUUUCUCUCUCUCUCUCACACACACACACUUUCUUUAUACAUACAAGUUUCUCUCUCUCACACACACACACACACACACACUACCUUUUUUGGCUGCUUUAUUAUUUCUUAUUUGGUAAAUAAAUGCAUCAAAAACAGGUGUUGAGACAAUUGGAGUACAAACAUUUUGUUUGUCUUUAGGUUUUAAAGAUGCUAAUAUAGAAGCUAGUCAGCACCAUGAGAGCAGUGAAUAGUAAUAGUCUUAAGUGUGUGUGUGGGAUGAAGGGGCAGUUUCUCAAAAAUAGCAGGAUGGGGAUGCUGAUGUGAACAAACCGAAGAAGUGAAAGUUAGUAAUAUUUAUAUAGAAAAGAUGUCCAGAAACUCUCUUAAAUGGUAUACGUGAGGCUUCCCAAAAGUUACCUUUGCAAUUUGCCAAAUGAUCUUGUGCCUUCAUGACUUAAAACAACAAUACAUAUAUAUUAGGUGCUUUGUAACUAGAGCAGUGGCUUUGGUUUAAUUCCAAUGCAGUGUCUUCAUAUUUAGAUGCAAAUAUGGACCUUUCACAAAAGUUAGCAGUUUUUGAGUUUGUAAAUGUAAGCAAAAGCUAUAUGGAGGUGAUGGGGAGGGGAGAAUUUACAGAAAUAUCUGGUGUUUGUAUCCAAAAUGAAGUGUAUACAAGACAUAUGCAUGUCUGAGAAAAUCUGCAACGUGAAGCUAUUCUGCAGAAAAUAAAAUGAGUUGCAUUUAAAAAAAAAAAUUAAGACUUUUUGAUGCCUCCAAAAAUCAAGCAUCUUGUUAUGGAAAUGUAAUAUAAAGUUCUUAGGAGAGAGAAAGUCAGAAUAUCCAGAGCAGUGUAUGAAAAGUGAGAUCUAGAAUAGAAGGCUGAUUGUCAGUACUGGUAAGCCAUGAACAUCAUGGUAAUUUCCUGGUCCGGGGUUACGUUGUUUAAUGGAAUAUCAGCAGGUUUCUUUAGUUCUUCCUCAGGCCUCAUAUUGAUACACUGCUAAACCUCUACAACCCCAGCCACUGUUUAAUGAUCAUAUAUCCUGUAAUCACAUGUUUACCUUGGGAGAUGAUGAGUAUAUUAUCAGUUUAGGGGCAAAAGAUAUGUUUGGAUUUGAUGUGUUCAUAUUUCAAACUUAUCUUUGCUCCUGGCAGUACUUUAAUACGAGUGUCAUAUUUCAUCUGUAUGUCCAUAAGGAAAAGAGAAUGGUCUUUGUUCUUAAUGUUUUUCAAGUCCUUUCCCUGCCUUUGUUGUUGUUGGAGGACUUUGGAUAUAAUUCUGUGUUAUAUAAAUCAGUGCAAUUAAAUGCACAAUUAUUACAGAAUAUUAGACUUCUAUUAACCCCUUUUUAGUUCUUUAUAAAUCAGGGUGUAAUGUUUUUUAAAUGUUUUACUUAAAUGCCCAGGAAAUAUCUGGAACUUUUCUCCCUCUUCCAACCCACGCACUGAAAAACACAACUAUUUCCCUAUUUUGUGAAGGGGAGAGGGUAACAUUGGGGAACUUUUCAACUGCCUAAGCAUUUGUUUUAGUAUGUCAUAGCAACAGUAUGGUCAACCCAUCCAGAUGCCCUAAUAGCCUACAUGUACUAUCCAGUCUUUCUGUCUGGCUUAUCAUAUCUGCAGCAAUUGUAAUUUAGAAUAAGCCUGUAUGUCAUUUACUUCUGAAUUAGUAAAACACAAAGCCAAGAUUGUUGUUUGAGUUUUAAAUAAUAGUUUGUUUUGACAGAUAUUUCAUUUGAGUGCUCACCCUGCUUGAACUCAAUUUAUUUGUUUUGUGUGUUUGGAAGUUCAGUAAAAUGUUAAGACAUGACGAGCAAUGAACCCUAUCUGGGCACAGAUGUUGGGGGGAUAGGGGUAAAAUGGACCAAACUGGGAUGGUGGGUAGUUUGGGGAUAGUGGGGGUGGGUAUAAUUUAAAUAACUUUGUCUAAAAUAAAAUGUAAGUGCAAUAAAUGUGCUUUUUAUUCAAAGCUGUGAACUGUUUAAAAAAAAAGACAUGCACAUCAUUCCUUCCUGAGCCUUGUUUUUCCUCCGUUUCUCCCCAAAUGACUGAAACCUGGCAGUGGCCAACCUGCAUGUCUUAUCUAGUAUCAUGAUUUAAUAUGUGCUUAUCUAAACCAUGCCAUUAAAAAAAAAUAUAUCUAAAUCCCCCUUGGUAGGACUAACAAGGCAAAUCCUGCCCCUACUUCUGCACCCCUGGAGCCUCCUUAUAGUGCCAGUUUGCUAUGCUUCACUUGGAAGGGCAGGCUGUGAACAUCCCUUGAGGCUGGAGCACUGGCAGGGGCCCUGAGGAUCUGCUGUGUCCCUCCUCUUCACAGGGGUACAGAACCUACUCCAGCCAUUGGAGUAGCCUCUCGAAGUAGGAAGAUUCCUUCCUCUGCAUAUGACUGGCACUUGUUCUGGCUAUGGGCCCCAGUGCAGGGCAGAGGAUUUUUUUCCUAAGCAAUUAGGAAGAGGGCCAGCAACUUCCUGCUCAGGUCCUCUAUAUCCCUUUUGUCAAAACAAGCAUGCAGGCUGGCUCCUGUUUUCUCCUAUUACUCCACCUUGUUUUGAAGGAAUAGUUAUACAUAUUUUUAAUCACUUGUGUGGUACUUGCACAGUCUCUCCCUUCCUCACUCAAGAUCAUGCUGCUUUCCCUAAGUUAGGAAAGGUGCAGUGGUCUUUUCUCCACAUGUUUCAUUAAAAAGUUCAUGAAAGCAUAGCACUCACUAGUUGGACCCUAUGGGGAAAAGCAAGGAGGAUGGCUUUUUAAAAAAAAAAUUAUAAAGAUGUUGCUCCAUAAUACUUUGUUUAUGAGCAACAAAAUACUCUAAUAAGGAGAGGAAAGGGAAAUCAUAUAUAGAUUUGAUUUUUUUACUUAGUGCAAUGAAAUGUACAUCCCACAGUUUGAACUCUGUGCUAACUAACACAACAUUCCUUUAAGCUGUAUUUUUUACCACCAGAAGUUUUUUGAGGGUCCGAGUCUUCACUGUAGAAGGUCCAAUCUGGUUACUUAAGAAAACAAUUGUGUUAGUAGAUUUCUAUAGCUGCUUUUAAAAACUACAAUGGAGUAAUUGUUUUAAAACUUGUAUUUAUUUUUUAACUCAUAAGAAAAUGUUUAUUUUCAGUUUUCUGUUACACAGACCAUGGCAACUCCCAUUCUUUCCCUUCCCAAUGUCCCACAGUAAUUGCUAAUAAAAAUUAUUUUUCUUGCUUGUUUCCCUCCCCUCUACUUUUGUUACCCCUUCCUGCUCAAGCCCCUUCAUUUGUACUUUGAAGUUUUUUCUCAUGUAAAUUUGUACAAUGGGAAAUAUUGUCCAGUUUGGUUAGAGAGCAUGGAGACUUAAAGAAAACAUUAAAAAUUUGAUAGCUGAAAUUGAUUGAAGAAAACUUUCUGUGUAAAGUUAUUUAAAGAACUCUGUAUUAUAUAAAAGGCAAAAAGUUCUAUGUACUUGAUGUGAAUAUGAGAUUACUGCUAUAAUAAAGAUUGACUGCAUGGAGAAA